UACAAAAAAAGAAGAUACGAGAUCCGAGUGACAGGAAGGCAUCUUCAUCGGACAUAGUUUUAACGGCCAGAAACGAACUAAACUGAAGUCAUACCAUAGCAACUCUCUGAUUUUCUCUCGCCGGCCAGCACCGUUGACAAGAGCCCAACCCAACCAUGCUAAAAUCAACCUUCGUUCCAAUUCUCUCAACAUUUCCAACCAAAUCCAAAAGGCUCCCUACAAAACUUCCAUGGCUGAAGAUCAUCACCAACACCUACACACAAAGCCCACAACCUAUUCACCAAAAUGCCUCGCUUACCACACCACCACCAUCACCACUUCAUCAACACAACCACCCUCCAACUUCAGCUUACAUUCACCUCCCUUUCUGCCGCAAACGCUGCCACUACUGUGACUUUCCAAUUGUUGCUCUUGGCACCACAAACCCAACCGACAACGACCCGAGAAUCUCUAACUAUAUUGAAUUACUUCAACGUGAGAUAGUCUCAACAAGGUCGGAUUUUGAUACCAUUCCGCCACUUGAAACUGUGUUUUUUGGUGGUGGGACUCCUUCUUUGGUGUCCCCAAGGAUGGUUUUGUCGAUAUUGGAUACGUUGAGGGUGAAAUUUGGAGUUUGUGAGGGUGCUGAGAUAUCUAUGGAAAUGGAUCCUGGGACCUUUGAUGGUAGGAAAGUUAAGGACUUGAUGGGGAUGGGUGUGAAUAGAGUGUCUUUAGGAGUUCAGGCUUUUCAGGAGGAGUUGCUAAAAUCUUGUGGGAGGGCACAUGGGGUUAAGGAGGUUUAUGAGGCAAUUGAGAUUUUGGGGUCAUGUGGGGUGGAGAACUGGAGUGUUGAUCUUAUCUCUUCACUGCCUCUCCAGACUCCACAAAUGUGGGAGGAGAGUUUGAGGCUCACCAUCGAAGCGAGGCCUAAGCAUGUGUCUGUUUAUGAUCUGCAGGUUGAACAAGGCACGAAAUUUGGAGCAUUGUACACGCCAGGGGAGUUUCCUUUGCCAUGCGAAACACAAUCUGCUGAGUUUUAUAGAAUGGCUUCCAGGAUGCUUACUGAUGUGGGUUACAGACAUUAUGAAAUUAGCAGUUAUUGUGAAGACGGGUAUGAAUGCAAGCACAAUUAUACAUACUGGAAGAACAAACCCUUCUAUGGUUUUGGCCUUGGUUCUGCUAGUUAUCUCAAUGGAUUGAGAUUUUCUAGGCCAAGGAAGAUGAAAGAGUACAUGGGUUAUGUAGAGAAUUUGGAGAACAGAGUGGUAAGUUAUUUUGGGAAUAAUCUUGUUGAUGCCAAAGACUUGGCUGUGGAUAUAGUGAUGCUCUCACUUAGAACUGCAAGAGGCCUCGAUUUGAGGUCUUUUGCUGAAGCAUUUGGUGGAUCACUUGUUCAUUCUCUUUGCAAGGUCUAUCAACCCUACAUCGAGAGCGGGCAUGUGGUUUGCUUGGAUGACAAGCGAAGAGCCAUGACUGCAGAUGAAUUCAACACCUUGUUUUUGAACGAAGAUGAGAUAGCAAAGGGGUUAUCUUAUAUCCGGCUCAGUGAUCCAGAUGGUUUUCUGUUAUCAAAUGAAUUGAUAUCCCUUGCAUUUAGGGUCAUAGAUCCCUAGAAUUGCAUCUCCUUGCAGAACCUGGAACUUGUUGAUAGUGGAUCUAUUGAAGAUGGCCUUAGCUGACCGGCAUUUUUUACCACAAGCAGUUCCUUCAUUCUUGGCACUGUUGUGUAGUGGGCAAUAAAAGGCAAAUGAGGUACAAAACACUUGUGGGGUAUGGUAUAUUGCUUUGAGUUUCUGGUGCAUAUUUGUUAUUGAGAAAGAUACCUCAACUUCUGUAUAUCCCAGAAGUAGAUAAAACAUGGUGGUGAGAUAGAAGCAGCCUCAGGGGAAUAUCUUUUCAACUGAGAAAAGAACAAUCAGAUAUUCAUGGUCUGGUUCCUUUCUCGAGACACCAGAAAAGCAAAUUGUUAGGUUUGGAAGCUUUUGCAAGAAAAUAGUUCAAGACAAGCUACAACUCCGAUACAGCAGGGUACGCUGUUGGGAUGAGCAUUUAAAUACAUCAAUCGAGAUGAUUUCACUUGCG